ACAGCUGUCAACAUUCCCCUUCCCAUUCACUUCAUGACAAGAACCAAAAGCAAAAAAUGCUAAAACUAAUAGAUAUCAAUGGAAGGAAAUUUGUAAUUAACUUUGUAGCGACUGGCCCAGACACUGGCCUCCAGCUGCAGUGCCUCGACCAAGAGCGCGAGCAAAGCUACACAGAGUCUUUGUCCGCAAGUGAUUUCACCAAGCGCUUGAAGGCGCUGAACACCCGAGUGAAGUUCCCAGAAGAUGAUGUACGUGUGGCUCUGGUCCGUGGCGAUCCCACACAUGCUUCGCUGAGCGAAGCAAACCAGGAUGCCGGAUGCGUGCUGCAACUUAAAUAUAAAAUGCUAAACAACAUGCCACUCAAGUGGGAGUGGCACCUGGCACACAUGGACAGAGCCUUGUUUUAUCGCAAGGUUUUUCUUGACUCCAUUUCCUGUGCCAGCAACAUGCGGGAUCAGGUGUUCUCGCUGACAAAGCAACUACAGGCAAAAGAUGAAGAGCUGAAGCAGUAUCGCAUCGAGGGCGCCCAGCUGCGCAGAGGAACCGUUGCCACCAAAUUGUUUGAUAUGGACGCUUUCAAGGAGAUGCACGAACAUAUGCUCACAGGUUCGGCUAUCUACCGUCAACUGACAGAAGCAUUUGAUGUUAAAGGUUCUUCCUUAACACUUGUCCAUGGGAAGAUCGAAGCAUCGAAGGUGUCGGAUCCAAAAAACAGCCCAGCCUCUCAUUCCUCCAACUCGACUCAAAAACUAAGUCCACGUAACAGGAAGCGUAAGGCAAUGGAAAGCGCAAAAUAUCAUAUUGAACGUAAGGUGCUACGACGUCGUGCUCAAGGACCAAUCGAGUACAAAGAGUCGCAAAGCACCCAGGAGGAGAUCGAAGACGAUUUGUUUCCUUUGAAUGAGGCAGAAGCAGCAACAGACAAGCAACACACAGGAACCUCCUGUUGUAAAAGCAGAAAACAUAAAGAAGGAAAGCGUGGAUCCCGCAUCAGCUCGUCCAGUAACGGCAGCAAAGGCUUUUUCAGUACUUAGAAAUCGUGAGAAGAGACGCGCAUUGCAUGCACGUGCCGUGUGUGAAGCUUUAAUCUUUAAGCAGAAGUCUUCUGUUGAAAUACCUUCAAAAAUGAUGGAUCUGGCGGUUACCGAACCUCCUGUUGGAGAGGCCGAAGAAACCCUAAACCAAUAUAAGCCGAUAUACGACGGUGCUGAAUUAGCUUCAAAAAUAAUUGAUCUAGACAUACCUUCUCUUCCAGUAGCAUGGACUGCAAAUGCAGCACCCUCUGGAUUGGAUUCGGUGUUAGGUUCAUUGAAAGAGAUGGAGAGCUUCAUCUCGAAGACCAAAAAUCAGAUUUAGCAGACAAAAUCAAAGAAACACAAAAAACAGUGUUUAGCUGUUUCAAUGGAUUCAUAGACAAAUUUAAUAUCAAUAUACUUUAAGCACAAGUAGAACUUGUACUUCUUUUGCUGUAAGCCAUUGUCAGACCAUCAGGUAUGGCUCUGGGCGUCUAAAGGCUAUUGAAGAGUCCCACAGAAAGUAAACCUUUAAAUUAGGGAGGAUAAGUAAACAAUAGAGAUAAUAAAUAAUAAAAAAAUAUAAUA